AUCAAGUUCCAGGUUCGACUUAACUUACCUAAUGCAGGACAGCCUCGUCAAUUAGGUAAGGUAGAGCUCCCUGAUAUUAUCCGAUGAUUACCCGUCAACUUUAGCAUUCCCAUGUAGCCAGAAGAAGCUCUUCUCGAUAUGUUCGGAAUUUUGGCAUGCCAGUAACUGCACUCGGCAUUUACAGAUACAAUGGCGGGACCCGCGUUGAGCAGAUGGUCAAAAUGCCUCGCAUGCUUGCGUAGAACUGUCUUUGGUGGCAAUAAUAGCGGGUCUUCAGUCGUCGGCGCUGUCUCGACAGCGGUGCAAAUCCGUGCUAAGUCGACGAAAAGACGACCGCAGGGUCAAGAUGUCGCUGUUCGCCUUCUCAGUGACAUUCGCACAUAUGGCCGCAAAAAUGCCAUCAUGCGCGUGUCACCAGGCCGCAUGCGAUACCAAUGGUCUGUAUUCGUACUUUUCUGCAUAUAUACCUACACUUCAAUCCUACUGCUGCUUGACCAAUUCUCCUAUCCGUUCCUAGCCGUGUCUAAUUGUUGCCCACCCGUCCAGUCGUUGAAUAACCAGACAAUCGCGUAACAUGGCUGACAUAGAUUCAAAGGUACCGCGAGAAUGCUGCAGAGUACAUGACAGCCGCGCGAUUCCGGGAACUGGGCCUCACACGCGAUGAUAUUGGCGAACGCGAUCGUACCUUUGGGGUGGAUGAAGAAGAAUUCGAGUCUUCGACGACGGAGUCCGA